AUGACCCUGAGCAUCACAUCUUCAAAACCCCAGCAUCCCGGAGCUCUCCACAUAGCCCUGAGCGCCACAUCUUCAACACCCCAGCAUCCCGGAGCUCUCCACAUGGCCCUGAGCGCCACAUCUUCAACACCCCAGCAUCCCGGAGCUCUCCACGUAGCCCUGAGCGCCACAUCUUCAACACCCCAGCAUCCCGGAGCUCUCCACAUGGCCCUGAGCACCACAUCUUCAACACCCCAGCAUCCCGGAGCUCUCCACAUGGCCCUGAGCGCCACAUCUUCAACACCCCAGCAUCCCGGAGCUCUCCACAUGGCCCUGAGCAUCACAUCUUCAAAACCCCAGCAUCCCGGAGCUCUCCUCAUAGCCCUGAGCAUCACAUCUUCAACACCCCAGCAUCCCGGAGCUCUCCUCAUAGCCCUGAGCGCCACAUCUUCAACACCCCAGCAUCCCGGAGCUCUCCACAUGACCCUGAGCAUCACAUCUUCAAAACCCCAGCAUCCCGGAGCUCUCCACAUAGCCCUGAGCGCCACAUCUUCAACACCCCAGCAUCCCGGAGCUCUCCACAUGGCCCUGAGCGCCACAUCUUCAACACCCCAGCAUCCCGGAGCUCUCCACGUAGCCCUGAGCGCCACAUCUUCAACACCCCAGCAUCCCGGAGCUCUCCACGUAGCCCUGAGCGCCACAUCUUGCGUCUCCGACGCCCCCGGUGAGCCCUCAAGCUACUGA